GGCCCUGCAGGCAGUGAGACGCGUGCUCGCCCCCUAGUCCGGGCCGGGGCCUGCUCCCACCCUGCUCGACCCGAGGAGGUACCUCCGCGUCCGGACAUGCAGCUGGAGCCGAGGCCGCCCGCCGAGCCGCGGGGCUAGACUGAACUCCAAGUCGUGGCCCGAGCGCCGAAGUCGCCACGUUCUGCGCCCCGUGGCCGGCCGGGACAAACUCGAACGCCGGUUUCUCUACUUUUUUUUUUUCCUGUCUGCAAGUCUCAGGGACGGAGGAGGGGCGCCACGGCCCCAUGUGUGGGAGGAUUGCUUCAGCCUCACAAACUUGCACGGAUUUUGGUUACUACUUUGGCCAGUGGUUCUGCUCCGAUUUCCUUCGAAUUGUUGCAAAUUCGCCAUUGUUCCCUGGCUGCUCACGAAGUUGGAUCCGGAAUUUUUUUUCGACCGGGAGUCAACGGUGUCCAAGUGUCUGCAAUGAACCCCGUGAAUGCUACUGCUCUCUACAUUUCCGCGAGCCGCCUAGUGCUCAACUACGACCCCGGAGACCCCAAGGCGUUUACCGAGAUUAACAGGCUCUUGCCUUACUUCCGACAGUCCCUCUCGUGCUGUGUUUGCGGACAUUUGCUACAAGAUCCUAUUGCACCUAUCAACUCCACUUGCCAACACUAUGUCUGCAAAACUUGUAAAGGCAAGAAAAUGAUGAUGAAACCUUCAUGUAGUUGGUGCAAAGACUAUGAGCAGUUUGAGGAAAACAAGCAAUUAAGCAUCCUAGUGAACUGCUACAAAAAACUGUGUGAAUAUAUAACACAGACCACGUUGGCACGGGAUAUAAUAGAAGCAGUUGACUGUUCUUCUGAUAUUUUGGCUUUGCUUAAUGAUGGAUCAUUGCUUUGUGAGGAGACAGAAAAACCUUCAGAUUCAUCCUUUACUUUGUGUUUGACACAUUCCCCUUUACCUUCGACCUCAGAACCCACAACUGAUCCUCAAGCUAGUUUAUCUCCAAUAUCCGAAAGCACCCUCAGCAUUGCUAUUGGCAGUUCUGUUAUCAAUGGUUUGCCUACUUAUAACGGGCUUUCAAUAGAUAGAUUUGGUAUAAAUAUUCCUUCACCUGAACAUUCAAAUACAAUUGAUGUAUGUAACACUGUUGACAUAAAAACUGAAGAUCUGUCUGACAGCUUGCCACCUGUCUGUGACACGGUAGCUACUGACUUAUGCUCCACAGGCAUUGAUAUCUGCAGUUUCAGUGAAGAUAUAAAACCUGGUGACUCUCUGUUACUGAGUGUUGAGGAAGUACUCCGCAGCCUAGAAACUGUUUCAAACACAGAGGUUUGUUGCCCUAAUUUGCAGCCCAACUUGGAAGCCACUGUAUCCAAUGGACCUUUUCUGCAGCUUUCUUCCCAGUCUCUUAGCCAUAAUGUUUUUAUGUCCACCAAUCCGGCACUUCAUGGAUUAUCAUGUACAGCAGCAACUCCGAAGGUAGCAAAAUUGAACAGAAAACGAUCCAGAUCAGAAAGUGACAGUGAGAAAGUCCAGCCACUUCCAAUUUCUACCAUUAUCCGAGGCCCAACAUUGGGGGCAUCUGCUCCUGUGACAGUGAAACGGGAGAGCAAAAUUUCUCUUCAGCCUAUAGCAACUGUUCCCAAUGGAGGCACAACACCCAAAAUCAGCAAAACCGUACUUUUAUCUACUAAAAGCAUGAAAAAGAGUCAUGAACAUGGAUCCAAGAAAUCUCACUCUAAAACCAAGCCAGGUAUUCUUAAAAAAGACAAAACAGUAAAGGAAAAGAUUCCUAGUCAUCAUUUUAUGCCAGGAAGUCCUACCAAGACUGUGUAUAAAAAGCCCCAAGAAAAGAAAGGGUGUAAAUGUGGGCGUGCUACUCAAAAUCCAAGUGUUCUUACAUGCCGCGGCCAACGCUGCCCUUGCUACUCUAACCGCAAAGCCUGCUUAGAUUGUAUAUGUCGUGGCUGCCAAAACUCCUAUAUGGCCAAUGGGGAGAAGAAGCUGGAGGCAUUUGCUGUGCCAGAAAAGGCCUUGGAGCAGACCAGGCUCACUUUGGGCAUUAAUGUGACUAGCAUUGCUGUGCGCAAUGCUAGUACCAGCACCAGUGUAAUUAAUGUCACAGGGUCCCCAGUAACAACGUUUUUAGCUGCCAGUACACAUGAUGAUAAAAGUUUGGAUGAAGCUAUAGACAUGAGAUUCGACUGUUAAAUCAGUGGGUCUUUAAACCUACCUCUGGUAGGGAAAUAGCUACAGUUUAAGGCAGCUAUGGUUUUGUUGGUUUAACUUGCCGGAGCUCCUGCAUAUAGAUCACUUGUAUCAAGUGUUUUCAUUGCUAAGUUAUAUGUGUUAGUGUCGGGGAAAUAGUUUGCAGAUAAUGGAGGAGUAACCUUACAACUAUAUGUCCUUAGUUCUUACAGAACCUCAUAGUUUGAGAACAAAUGCUGAUGCAACUGAUUUAUACAAAUGAACUUUGGCAAGGAAAAUAACAUUAACCUCAUUGUUUAUGGUCAUGCUUUGUGCGUAAUCAAAGUUUAUGAUUAAAUGGAAGGAAGUGGUAUCUAGUCAGUCCAUAAAGAUUGUGCUUAUUUUUUUGUGAAAAAGUAGCCAUUAGUUUGUUCAGGAGACUCAAUGCUGGCUUCAGAUGCCAUCAAUGUUUCUCCUGUUGAAAAGCUGAUAUGUCCAGCUCAACCUUUGUGCUGACAUUACCAUUUCUGAUCAUGAAAAUUGGCUACUGGUGUAUGUAGCAGUUCUUAAAUCAGCAGUAUUAUGAAAGAAAAUUUGUCCCUCAUUAGAAUGUUGAAGAAAUCUGUCUUUUAAAAGUGAACAAACUGAAAUCUGUCAGACUGCAUAUGUUUAGCUACUUAUGCUCCAAAACUUCUGAGUUGAGCUUUUCUUUUUAUUUAAGUCUGACUUAUUUCUAGGGAAAAAAAAAUUCUUCACUUUCUUCACUGUGAGCAAUCUUCUAAUUGAUAAAUUAAGUGGAGAAGAACAGUUUUAUUCUGAAGCUGAUUGAGUUUAGACUAUAGUAUGUGACAGAAUUUAAAAUAUAUAUAUAAAAGUUUUAUUUAGAAAUUGGGAUGUAUUUAAAAUAAUUUUGGAAUAAUGUCCCCAAAUGUAUCCAGAUUUAUACAUUAUACUUAUUGCUAUUGGCCACUUUUUUGUUUCCUCUUCUAGUUUGCCACAGACUUUAUUUUAAAUAUGCUUUUUUUUAGGGUGCUAUUUGUUAGGAAGGCUUCUUUAUAGAGGCCUAAUAAAAAUGCCUUUUUAUGAAGCCUGUGCAUUUAGGUAGGUUUGAAGCUAGGAGGAUUUUCUUAGAAUGCUCUUUUGCAUGUAAAGCACAAACUGUGUUUCAGUUUAAAUGCACUUCUUUCUCAUUAAUUUUUAUGGGGAAGAUAAGUGAGUCACAAAACAUUCUGUUGAAGGGAAAUCUAGUCAGUUGCUUGAAAGAGCACAGCCCAGAUAAAACAAGGACUGACUAGGUUGUGAAGAAAUGACCUUAUGAUUUAAAAGAAGAGCUGCUGCUUUGACAGUGCUUAUUUAAAGAACAAUACUGCUGGAAAUUUUUCAAUUUCUACGUUCACCAUCUCUCAUGAGAUCUGACAUAUGCUGGUUAUGUUUUGAUUUGGCACACAGCAUGUUCAAUGAUGGUUACUCACCUAGUACAAGACAUGGAGAAGAAACCUUUGGACACAGAGCAGAUGACACCUCCUUCUGUUUUGUAGUGUAUUCUGGUGUCAUUUUCUGUGAAUGUGGUCAGGUAGAGUUGUUUUUGUUGUUGUUGGGCUUUCCUUUUUCUUUCUUUCCUUUCCUUUUUUUUUUUUUUUUUUUUUUUUUGGUCUCUUGGUGGGGUGGGGGUGGGCUAAAGCCAUAGGAAGAAAAAUGUGAUGUAUGUGUCCAGUAUGUACUAUUUUGUUUUGUUUUGCAAGAAGAGUUGAACUAUUUUUGAUAACAAGAGUAAAUGGUGGAAAAUGCUUCUUAGUUGUCUUGUCUUUAUUUGCUUUUCAAGUUUCAGAAUUUUAUUUAAUUCCUAAGUGUUAGCAGUAUCUCAUGAAAACAUGUAUUGCCUAAAGUUUGUAACAGUUUUGUGUUGAAUUCAGAUGCCCUGCUAUAUAAACUUGUAAAUCUGUUCUUUAUUCAUUAAUGAUUAUUGGAAAAUGACUAGAAAUGAGAUUGUACUCAUGAAUAAUUAGGAUAUAUUUUGCAAAUCUCCCAGACUUUCCUAAUAUUAUGAUCUUAAAAAUCAUAGAGUAACUUAUUGCUUCUCAAGUUUAAUAAUCUUAGGGAGAGUUCUUUUUUUUUUUUUUAAAUGCAUGGGAGGUUGGCAAUAUAGAAAAAGUGGAAAUCAUUAGUUUGUGAGGGCCUUGAUUGUUAAUGUAAUAUUGCCAAUGAUGAAUUCAGGUUGUUUUUAGCACAAGUUUCCCUUUUUUAUGCUGGUAUUCUCACUGCCACAUUUUGGAAACCUGUAUUACACCUUAAAUCUAUCAAUAAAUAUUAGUUUUCUAAUUCUAUGUUGUAGAAUACUGAGGAAUUUGGGAAAGCAUGCUCUGAAAUGGCCUGUAUUAUAUAUAUUUGGGGAAGAGUAAUUAUUUACAGUGCCUUAAUUUUUACAUUGUUUUUCUUUAUACCAUGAGUUAUUUAAGAAUGACGACCAAUGGCUAGCUAGGGAUGAUUAAGAAAUUAUUACUGAAGUAACUGAAUGUACUUUAUCAGGAUUUGAAACCAUCAAAACAAUAAUAGCAUUUAAUAUGACACAUCUUCACUUGUUCUUUUUGAGUCUUUGUUAUUAACAUGUGAUCAAAUGAUGUUUCACCUUAGGUUAUAGAAAUUAUAGAGCUGACAGUUUUAUAAUUUUUGUUAGUUUAAUUAAUUAUACCUUUCCAUGCAGAGGUGUAAGGGUAAAGAAUUCCUGUUAUUUCACUGUGUUCUUAGUUUGCUUAAAACAACUCGUAACCUGCAGAAGAAAAGUAAAAGCUUUACAAUAUAUGGAAAAUAAAAUCUCCUUUCUCAUAUUAUAGGUAACAAACAUAAAAUGCUUUAAAAAAUACUAAGUUCAAAGUAUAAUAUUGGAAUCUAAUGCUUAGUGGCACUUUAACUUUUCUCCCUCCUUUAAAAAAUUAUCUUUUGGGGUACCCAAAUAAUCAGUUACAUUUUCUUUUAAAAUAAUGUUUUAUAUAUAAGACUAAAAUUCUCUUUGAUCCCCGUGAAUCCCUUGUUCCCAAACCCUAAUCCUGCUUCCCAUCCCCAAAGGAAAUCACUUCUCAGUAUGAGGUGUUAUCCUUGCAGAUACUUUAUAAUUUUCUCAGGGGUUCAAAGAGUUAUUAAUCUCUUUGAAUCUCAAGCUUGUUUACAAUGUUACCCAGAUAGAAAAAUGAAAUUCAAGUGUGAUUAAAGCCCAAGUAUGUAAUAAUUGAUUAUCUUAGUGAAUGGGAUUCAUAUUUGACAACUUGUCUUUAUUUAGUUUUGGAGAAAGGGUAAAACAAUGAAAGUUAAAUCAUGCAGGCUUCUCCACUGAAACACACAUUAACAUUUUCAAAAGUUGACAAAUGACAUAUUUAAUCAGUCCUAGAGUUUUAUAAACACUUUGAACAAUACACAAUGACAUAGAUAAGAUGCAGGGAAAAUACAUAGAAUUUCAUUUGAUUACUUUGCAAUUAAUGUUAUGCUAUGAAACUCAUUAUUUAUUGACUAUUAAGAUCACAAUAAACCUCAAUUUAAACUUUUAUCAGGGAGCUUGGGGUACUAUAACGACUUGAAAUUUCCAGUUGGACAGUAAUGAUUAUAUGCAGCAUGAUCUUUACCAGGAAAUCAAAUAUAUACUAUCUUAGUUCCUCAGAAUUCACAUUUCUUGCAUUCAGCUCUAGGAGAAGGAGUACAGUGAAACACAUGUCUGAAAAUUCGAUACUUCGGGUAACCUAAAUUAAUAAAAUAGCCUUAUCUUGAAUGAUAUUGGUAGAUUGCUUUUAUAUUGCAGAAUGUUGAAACCAAAUAUUGACCAAAGUGAAAGGAAGAGAGGGACUUUACUUUCAGUAAGAAGGUAAAAGUGUAAAACCAAGUUAAA